GGAGAACCCGGAAAAGGGAAUCCGAAGAUUCCAGCGGCGGCUCACUGCGCUUGCGCAGGACGUGCCGGAAGUGGAAGCGGCGCCGGAGGUGGUGGGGUCCUUCUUCUUCCGUUUGGGAUUUUGCUCCAGUGUUUGUUUGGGUUCUCUUCGUACGGCCGCUCAAGAUGAACCGGUUGUUCGGGAAAGCGAAACCGAAGGCUCCGCCGCCCAGCCUGACUGACUGCAUCGGCACGGUGGACAGCAGGGCAGAAUCCAUUGACAAAAAGAUUUCUCGCCUGGAUGCUGAGCUAGUGAAGUAUAAGGAUCAAAUCAAGAAGAUGAGAGAAGGUCCGGCAAAGAAUAUGGUCAAGCAGAAAGCUUUGCGGGUUUUAAAGCAAAAGAGGAUGUAUGAGCAGCAGCGUGACAAUCUCGCCCAGCAGUCCUUUAACAUGGAACAAGCCAAUUACACCAUCCAAUCACUGAAGGACACCAAGACCACGGUUGAUGCUAUGAAAGUGGGAGUCAAGGAAAUGAAAAAAGCAUAUAAGCAAGUGAAAAUCGAUCAAAUUGAGGAUUUACAAGACCAGCUAGAGGAUAUGAUGGAAGAUGCAAAUGAAAUUCAGGAGGCACUGAGUCGUAGUUAUGGCACCCCAGAAUUAGAUGAAGAUGACCUAGAAGCAGUGUUGCUAUUUUCAUUCUCAGAGUUGGAUGCCCUGGGUGACGAGCUACUGGCUGAUGAAGACAGUUCUUACCUGGAUGAAGCUGCAUCUGCACCAGCAAUUCCAGAAGGUGUUCCCACUGACACAAAGAAUAAGGAUGGAGUCCUGGUGGAUGAAUUUGGAUUGCCACAGAUUCCUGCUUCAUAGACUUGGAUCAUUCAAGUAUAUCAUGUAAAAUAAACACUUACCUAGGACUAGGAAAUAUUUAUCUUUCCAAGUUUAUAAACAGAUUUAAUUUUUUUUUCUUUCUUUGAAGGACAGGAUCUUUCUUUUUUAUUUUAUUCAUUAAGAGACUUAACACUUGGGAGAUGUUUUCUUCAUAUUAAAUUUUUACCCGCUCCCUUAUGAAAGACUAAUUUACUUAAAAGUAUCAGUGGCUCUAUAUAUCUUUUUUUCUUGCAUUAAUAAUAAUUUAAAAUAAAGCCAGGAAAAGGGGAAUCUUGAAAUUCUAUAAUAGUAAUCUCAAAUUGAGCUGAUAAAUUGAUGACAAAAGUGAGAUUACUGGGACUUAGAUAAAACCAUUUUUUUAUUGUGGUAUUACUGGUUGGUGAAAGUGACACCUUUUUUUGAUGGAUUUUACUGUGUCUUGUGAGUAAAUCAGUACUGUGUCCAGUAUUGGAAUGGAAUUAUCACUACUGUAUCAUGAGUGGUUAUUUUUACUCCACAGUUCCCUCAGUAUUACAGCCUAAGGUGUAAUCAACAAUGCAUAUCUCUUGAUAUUUAAUGUAUAGGACAUUUAUUUAUACUCAAUAAAUAUUUUUCAAAAUGAUA